AUGAGCAACCUCCUCACCUCCCGCCAAGCGGAAGAACUCCACAAGUCCCUAAUCGCCUACCUCUCCUCCUGCGGCUACACCAAAAGCGCCCAAGCCAUCCGCGACGAAUUGCAUCUCCCCGAAACCACCUUCGAUGCUCCAACCAGCAAAAAGUACGAAGGUCUCCUAGAGAAGAAAUGGACGUCGGUCGUGCGAUUACAAAAAAAGAUCAUGGAUCUGGAGACCAAAACACAGCAAUUACAGCAUGAACUCGACAACGCGACCCCUUCCUCCCUAGCGGCGAGGAAGAACCAUGACCCCACCACUUGGCUACCACGAGCACCCGCACGACAUACCCUCCAAAGCCACAAAAACCCCAUCACCUGCAUCGCCUUCCACACCAUCUUCUCCACCCUCGCCUCCGGAAGCGAAGACUGCACCAUCAAAAUCUGGGACCACGAGUUGGGAGAACUGGAGCGCACGCUCAAAUCCCACACCAAAGCCGUCCUCGACGUGGAUUUCGGUGGGCCCAGGGGUAACACCCUCCUCGCAUCAUGCAGUUCGGACCUCACGAUCAAACUCUGGGAUCCGGCGGACGAAUACAAGAAUAUCCGCACUCUGCCGGGGCACGAUCAUAGUGUGAGUAGUAUCCGCUUCAUCCCCUCCGGAGCCGCGGGUGCACCAUUAUCGGGAAAUCUCCUAGCUUCAGCGAGCAGGGAUAAGACGAUAAGGAUCUGGGACGUCACGACCGGCUACUGUCUCCGCACUCUUCGCGGCCAUGGGGAUUGGGUGAGGUCAAUUUCCCCUUCCUUCGACGGAAGAUGGUUGAUCUCCACUUCCUCGGACCAGAGCACACGGCUGUGGGACCUGAGUCAACCGGACACGAACGCGCAUAAGCAGACGUUUAUGGCGCAUGAGCAUGUGGUGGAAUGUUGUGCCUUCGCCCCACCGGCAUCGUACCCGCAUCUCGCAUCCCUCGCUGGACUGAAGAAACCUCCUCCAGCUUCUAGUUCAGCUGAGUAUCUUGCGACGGGAGGUAGAGAUAAGUUGAUUAAACUGUUCUCCACAAACGGCAUCUGUAUCAAAACCCUCUCCGGCCACGAUAACUGGAUCCGGGCGUUGGUGUUUCAUCCGGGUGGGAAGUAUUUAUUGAGUUGUUCGGAUGAUAAGACGAUCCGGUGCUGGGAUCUAGCGCAGGAGGGGAAAUGUGUCAGGGUUGUGGAGGCCGGGGAUCAUUUUGUUAGUUGUUUGAGGUGGGCGCCUGGGGUUUUUAGGGAGGUGGGCGUGAAUGGGGAGGCAAAUGGAAGGGUGAAUGGGAGUGCGGGUGGUGGUGCGAACGGAGUAAAGGAGGACGGGGCGAAGCAGGAGCAGAUCCGAUGUGCCGUUGCUUGUGGGAGUGUGGAUUUGAAUGUUAGGGUGUUUAGUGCGUGA